CUGAAAUGCAUUAAAAAUUGGAGACAAUUUAAAAAAAAUCCGCAAAUCACCAUCAUCUCCCGUAGCCUGCGUGUGCAGUAAAAAGUAAUCAUGCAAAUUCCAAAGCUGUGCUUAUGUGUGGCUUAUUUGGAUAAAGAGGACUAGAACGUAUAUAUUCUAGGAUCCCAUUAAAAAUGUGUCUGCGAAAGGAUUUAGCUCUUCAGAGAUGAUCCAUGAAAAAGGGAGUGCAAAGCUGGUUUGGGGAACAGCUGAGUGGAAAACCCUAUGCAAAUGAUUUGUGUUCUGUUUCCCCAGUCCCCGGAAGAUACAGUGCUCACCAGAUUGGCUGCCCUUCAGGCACAAGCAUCCUUGGGAUUAUGUCAUGGAGGAAGAACAUGCAGAUAUUUUUUCCCCAUAAUCUCUGAGCCUUCAGGCAAAGAAUUCUCUUAAUGCCCCAGCUGGAGCGCUGAACGACACCCUUUUUCCAGAAGUAGAGUGGUUUUUCGUGCGCAGAGUGGGAGAACUGUGUGCCGCUGGAUUUGGUUGCUUGAAUCGUGCGGCCUGGCUGUUGCGUUACCUACUGUGGAUCCCUGACCAGGCCACGGGGUGGGCGGGGAAAUGGUCACGUCCCAGUUUUUGGAGUGUUUUGGGGGAAGUCAGCCACGGCAGGAGAGGCGGCGGCGGCAGCAGCAGUCCCCGCAGAGACCCAAUUACAAUAGGAGACCUUGCCACAAGUGGUGUCAGCACCUGACGAGACCCCUGGAACCCAUCAGAUGUUACCCAGAAGCCCAGCCCCGCGUAUAUCACUUCCCUCGGAUCAAUGGGCACCCCAAGCAGGACAGGCACCGCGAGCACCCGCCUGGAUACGACAGCUCUUCCACCAUCAUGAGCAGCGAGCUGGAGUCCAGCAGCUUCAUUGACUCCGACGAUGACGACCACACAAGCAGGUUGAGUAGCUCCACGGAGCAAAGCACUUCGUCCCGGCUCAUCCGGAAGCACAAGCGCCGAAGGAGAAAACAAAGGAUGCGACAGAUCGACAGGUCAUCCUCAUUCAGCAGCAUCACAGAUUCCACCAUGUCCUUGAAUAUCAUCACCGUCACGCUCAACAUGGAGAAGUAUAAUUUCCUGGGGAUCAGCAUCGUCGGCCAGAGCAACGACCGAGGAGAUGGUGGCAUUUACAUUGGCUCUAUCAUGAAAGGAGGCGCCGUGGCGGCAGAUGGCCGAAUUGAACCAGGAGACAUGCUUCUACAGGUGAACGAGGUCAAUUUUGAGAAUAUGAGCAAUGACGAUGCAGUACGGGUUUUACGGGAAAUCGUCUCCAAGCCUGGACCCAUCAGCCUAACGGUGGCCAAGUGCUGGGAUCCCACGCCUAGAAGUUAUUUCACUAUUCCCAGGGCUGAACCAGUGAGGCCAAUAGAUCCGGCAGCCUGGAUCUCUCAUACCACAGCCAUGACGGGAGCGUACCCCCGUUACGGUAUGAGCCCCUCCAUGAGCACCAUCACAUCUACCAGCUCCUCACUAACAAGCUCAAUUCCCGAUUCGGAAAAAUUAGAAGAAUCUCCCUUAACUGUGAAGAGUGACAUGGCGACUAUUGUCAAGGUGAUGCAGUUACCCGACUCAGGCCUGGAAAUCCGGGACAGAAUGUGGUUAAAGAUCACCAUCUCCAAUGCAGUGAUAGGGGCAGAUGUGGUCGACUGGCUGUACACGCACGUGGAGGGCUUCAAAGACAGACGAGAGGCUAGAAAAUAUGCCAGCAGCAUGUUAAAACACGGCUACCUCAGGCACACUGUGAACAAAAUCACCUUCUCGGAGCAGUGCUAUUACGUCUUCGGGGACCUCUGCCGCAAUAUGGCUGCCUUGAACCUUAACAACGGUUCUAGCGGCGCCUCGGAUCAGGACACUCUCGCUCCCCUCCCGCAUCCUGCUGCGCCAUGGCCGUUAGGUCAGGGGUAUCCCUACCAGUACCCGCUCCCUCCGCCGUGCUUCCCGCCAGCAUAUCAGGACCCGGGCUUCAGCUACGGGAGUGGCAGCGCAGGUAGCCAGCAAAGUGAAGGAAGCAAGAGCAGCGGCUCUAACCGGAGCAACAGUGAGAACAGCCGGAGGGCUCUCGGCAGGGAGAAGGAACGCAAGUCAACUGGAAGCGGCAGCGAGUCCGACCACACCGCCCGCAGCGGGGGCGGGGCCAGUGUCGUGCGCCGCGAACGGCCCACCAGCCAGCUCAGCCACCGGAGUCACGUCUCUGCCACCCACAGCGAGAGAAGCCACCACAGCCCCCAUUCGCACGGGCCUCCGGGGGUCCCGCCCCUCUACAACCUGCCAAAGCUAGGCUCCAAAGUCUACGGGACGAGCGGACCUCCCGGUGGACCGCCUGUGAGAGAACUGAGCUCCAUUCCUCCAGAGCUGACAGGGAGCCGGCAGUCCUUCCAGAAGGCGAUGGGCAACCCUUGCGAAUUCUUUGUUGACAUCAUGUGAGAGGAAGUGCCUUCAGACUCUGUUUGGGGGGAGGGGCUUGUUUUCAUUGAUGCUGGGGUUCGGGUUAUUUGCGGGCGGGGUUCAUUGCUGAACACUUUAAGAAAGCUUUGGCUGUAUUGCAUGUAACACCUUCCUGAAUCUCAGUCGUGUGUUGCAAAAAUCAAAACAAAAAUCACCUGGGAUAGUUAAAUUUCAGCAAAUCAAUGGAAUCUUUUCUUUCCUCUUUUUUCUCCCCUUGUUUUUUAAAUGUGAUUGACUGGUGUGUAUUCACAGCCUAACGAGCUUCGGUAGCUGUGGCACCUACUUUCAGUGCAAUUUGUGUGUCUUCUUGGCUGAUUUGAGACAAUUAUUUCAUAUGACUUAUUAUUAGCACCUUUUAUUUCUCUCCCUCUGUCUUACCAGAAACACUGGCUCCUAUGGUUGAUUUCCCGAAUACGUGUAAAGUAUAUAGCAAAAAACCAACACCGACGGCCAUGACGCCUGGAAAUAAGCAAAAGGGGCGGGCACAGAGCGAAAUUUCCAGCAGUAGGCACAAAUCUGAAUGGAUCUAGAGCCGCACCUUCCUCUGCUGAGGGAAGAAUAGAAUUGUCUUUCAUUUUGGCAUCAUCCUAUGGCAGGUGUGGCCCCCCUGAUGUUCAUUUUUGUGUGGUCAUAACAUGCACCUUAAUUGCUGUUGUAAAGGUUGUUCUUGCAGCAUUGGGACGUUGCUGCUAUCUGGUUAUGCAAGGCACAAAUGCUGCUUUUCCCCAUGAAGGUGGGGAUAUUCCAUCCUAUUUCCUUCCCACGUCAGUGGCUUUGCUGGUAACUGUGGCGACUCCUUCUCCUCUUGGUUGCUGAGUAAGGUCUUCCUCCCAGCUUCACCUCUGCAGUGAGUCGGGCUCCUGGGGCUGGCCUUUUGCAGCAGCAGAGUCACCAAAUGGACAUGUUCUAAAGCAGGGGUGGGCAAUCAUUUUUGAAGGGGGAGGGGCCCUUGGGCGGAAGGGGUGGGGCCUCAGGAGGAAGGGGCGGAGCCCUUAAAUAGCAGGAAUUGAAAGGGCUUGCACCUCCCUCUGUGGCUCCCAAGCAACACGUUAGCGGGGGGCGAGAGCUGCGAGCCCUUUCAACUCCUAUUAUUUACAGGGCUCGCGCCUAAGCAGUCCCAGGGAAGGCAUGAGCCCUUGGAACAGAAGCAGUUGAAAGGGCCCGCGCAUCCCCGGCUCCCAGGCAAUGUGUGGGGGCGGGGCCAGGAGCUGCUACGCAGACCAGAUAAGAGCUGAGCGAGUUGGAUCAGGCCGGCUGACAGGCUCUUGCCCAGCCCUGUUCUAACGGCAGAGGGGGCUAGGGGCUAGUAAAGGUGGAAAGGAUUUCAGCCCUUCAGUUAAAAUCCACUUUCAUUAGCCAGCCCUUCCUGAUGGAUCUGAGGAUAGGGACUUAAAUCACACUUCAGAGUAUAUAAUUUUUUUCCCCCGGUAUGAUGGACCACACCUCCUGCUAGGUCUCUUGCAUUGAUGACUUCCGUGCCUAGCAGGCAUGCAGAAGACCAGGUGGAUAGCUGCUGUGAUCCUUGUAGUCCUGCAGCAGCGCUGACUUCUCGGCAGUCUGUUUAUCGUAGGCUGUGGCCACAGGCGGCUGCCACGGCUUUUUCUUUCACUUUCCUUAGCGGAAUUAGAAAAAGGCGAAUGGUGAAACUGGCAAAAGUCACCAAAUGGCUUUGGAUCAUAGGGCCCCUUUUCAAAAGCGACUCAGGUGCAGAGCAGCCAGUGGGCCUUAGGGCACGUCUAAAUGAACCGUUUGUGCCCAGCAAAGGGGUAUCAAGCUGCAGCACGUCACAUGCCAACUGUGCAUGUGGAUUCUGCUGUUGCACCACUGCGGGUUCCCUAGGGUGCAGUGGCUUACAGCUGUUUGAAACAGCCAUUCAGUUCAUGCUAGACAGCGCUUAGUGCACAGUGGCAGGUCCACAUGUGUAGCUAGGGCCUAUCGACGCAAGGAAACUCUUUUGCAAUAACUUAACUCGAUUUAAUAACUCCCAAAAUAAAAUUGAAAUAGCGUGUCCCCACUAUGGGGAAGUCUCCAUGGAGGCUCCAUUAAUGUGGAUGUGCUACCUCAGCUUAGAGCCCCAGGAAGCACUGUGGAGUAAUUAGUUCAGUGACUCUGGGGAGUCGCUAUUUCGAAAUAGCGACACUGGAGUGUCCACGCUACUGCUAUUUUGAAAUAACUGUUUCAGAAUUACCGUUAUUCCCUGAGAAAAUCAGGAGUGCAGAGUAUGAAAUAACGGGGUUGGUGGUGUGCACGCUCCUCUUAUAAAUUCCACCAGUGGUGCAUCUACUGCAGGGCUUAACUCAAAAUAAGCGAUGUAAAUUGAGCUACGUCAGUUGCGUAGCUUAUUUUGAAAUUGGGAGUGUCUACCCAGCACGUAUUUCUAAACAGAGCACUCUUCCUCCGACUUCCCUUACUCCUUGUACAAUGAGGGUUACAGGAGUCGGGGUAAGAAAUCCUCCAGCUUGACGCUAUUCGAAAUAACUGCCUGCUGUGUAGACACGGACCAAGUUGUUUCGGAAUAGCACUAGUUAUUUCAAAAUAGUGUUGCAGUGUAGACGUAUCCAAUGGGGGGUUAUUUCAAAAUAACUAGCUAGUGUAGAACAGGGUUUAGUUUGCAAUAGAUUUACACUCAAGACUGACACCUUCCAGUUCCUCAUUUAAGCCCCUCAAUGCCCGUUCCCUUUUGCCUAAAUCACCCAUUUAUAGCCAUCACCCAGUGGUGUUUCUGGAAGCAUCACUCCCAUUGUUACUCGUCUGGAAUCUGAGCCUAUACUGGCUAAGGGGCAAAGUUGCCAGUGACCAAUAGACAAUGACAUGAUCCUUUUAGAUGUUCAGCUGCAGUCUUAAUCAUUUUGUAUCUAGGCCUGGCACAGACACUAAUCACAUGCUAAUUCCAUUUUUAAAAAUCAAACUGGACAGCAAUCAAGAAAUCAGACUAAAUAUCCCUUCCUUUUGCUGCAUCUCAAGGAGGCACUGUUUAAAAAAAAGUUUAUGACUUGACUGACAAUCUCUGAUGGUUCUGCUUUUAAACCAGCUUGUUACAUUUCUCCUCACUUACGUAUUUCUUUUUUUGAAUCACAUUUUCUCUUAAAGCAAAAGUUACGGGAUCAGGGGGAAAGACUAUACAGGUUGAAUCUCUCUAGUCCGACAUGAUUUUAGUUACCUGGAUGUCUACUUAUUAUGGGUGUGUCCAAGUUUCCCGCGGUCCCAUAAAGUUUGUUUAC